UAGAAGGGCAUUUUUCUUAGUGCAACAAGAGUUUUACAUCCUAACACAAUUGCUGGAAUUAUCAAUAAGAAAAAGGAAAUGGGCUUCCAUACCAGAAGCAGUCUCCGUAAAAGUAUACCUUCAAUGAUAGUAAUGCUUAGAGAAAGGACAGGACAGGUCAGUCAUCUAUGAAUAGUUGCGUCAAGUACGUAUGUUCGGAUUCCCUCCAAAGAAAAAAACAAAAAGUUUAUGAUCGGUCUUUCUAUCUAUAAAGUAUUAAAAAAAUUCAACUGUAUCUAUUUGUCCAUAUACUAUAGGGCUGUGAUACCACUUACCAGCCUUUGAAGGGCUUGUUACUAUAUACUCUGUAGUAAUAAUAUAUACAAUGGCUUCAUUGACUGGCAUUGUUCUUCUGUAUGUCUUCUUCAGCCCUAGCCUCUCCCCAGAUCUCUCUUACUUCAGCCUCUAAGGUUCACAACUUUGUCCCAGUGGGAUUAAGAGUUCUGCAGCUGAUUUUUCUUUAGAAAGUGAAAGAAUCUCACCUCUCAACUCUUCCACGAAGAGAGAUGCCGAGGAGAGUGGUACUUGUUCCAUGUCCAUUCCAAGGCCACAUAAAUCCCAUGCUUCAGCUGGGAGCAAUACUCCAUUCAAGGGGCUUUUCCAUCACAGUUGCUCACACCCAAUACAACUCUCCUGAUCCCUCCAACCACCCUGAUUUCAGCUUCCUCCCCAUUCCGGACGGCUUAUCUGAUGGCCAAAACUUUGCCAGUCUAUUAAAUCUUGUACUGGCUGCUAAUGUCAACUGUGAAUCUCCUCUCCGGGAAUGCCUGGCAGAAAAACAAGAACAGCAUGGCGACAUCGCUUGUAUAAUCCAUGAUAUCACCAUGUACUUCGCUGAGGCUGUGGCUAACCAUUUGAAAGUUCCAAGCAUCAACCUCGUCACUAGCAAUGUUUCCACUACCAUAGCUCACAAUGCCUUUCCUAGCCUCCUGGAAAAAGGUCACAUUCCCCUGCAAGGCUCUACCCUACAUGAUCCAGUGCCUGAGCUUCAUCCCCUCAGAUUCAAGGAUCUUCCCAUCUCCCGUUUGGGAGACUUGGAAGCUUUCUUCCAGAUACUAGUUAAUAUGUACAAAAAGAAAUUUUCUUCACCCAUCAUUUGGAACACCAUGGACUGCCUUGAACAAUCCUCAUUAACACAGCGACAACAACAGCUCCAGGUCCCAUUCUUCCCAAUAGGCCCUCUCCAUAAACUUGCUCCACCCUCCUCAAGUAGCUUGCUCGAAGAGGAUAGUAGCUGCAUCACAUGGCUUGAUAAGCAUUCUCCUAAGUCAGUCAUCUAUGUUAGCUGGGGGAGCUUGGCAUGCAUGGAUGCCAAGGACCUAGCUGAGGUUGCUUGGGGCCUGGCCAACAGCAACCAGCCUUUCUUGUGGGUGGUUCGACCCGGCUCGGUCCGCGGCUCACAGUGGAUAGAGCAGCUGCCGGAGACCUUCAUGGACACAGUUGGAGAAAGAUGCCACAUUGUGAAAUGGGCACCCCAGAAGGAAGUGUUGGGGCACCGAGCAGUUGGAGGGUUUUGGAGCCAUUGUGGCUGGAACUCAACACUGGAAAGCAUCUCCGAAGGGGUUCCAAUGAUCUGCAGGCCUUAUUCAGGGGACCAAAGGGUGAACACAAGGUAUAUAAGCCAUGUUUGGAAGGUGGGAUUGGAGUUGGAGAGUGAUGAGUUAGAGAGGGUGGAGAUAGAAAGAGCUGUGAGAAGGCUGAUGGUAGAUGGAGAAGGGGAGGAGAUGAGGCAGAGGGCAAUGGAACUGAAGGAGAAGGUUGAUAUUUGUACAAGUGAAGGUGGUUCUUCCAACAGAGCCUUGAAGGAGCUGGUGGAGUAUAUCUCUUCAUUCUAGUCAGAGUUGUGUACAACCAAACUCAAAGAACAGGCUGAAAAACAUAGCAUGUGUUUUUGUUUUUAUCA